AUGUUUCACAACAGCAGAUAUCGUUUGACGGUUCACCCAACUCGGGUUGUCUGCUCCCUGUGCUCCCUGCCAGGGAAUCGCCGCAUACCCCUUCGGCCCUACUGUGUUUACCCGGGGGAACUGUGCCCUGAUUCCCAUUUGGAGUUUCCCAUGAAUCCUGUGCUGACUUUGCAUUCACCCUCGUACAGCCUCGCGGCGGACUCCUUCAAUGAAAUGCGUGUGUCUUCUCGUCACUUCCAGCAGUCGACCACCGACACAGAACAACUGCAAAUUGCAAGGGAAAUCAACAGGGAAGCCAAUAAUUCCAACAGUGUUGCCAAGCAAAUAACUAAGUGUGUGUUUAUCUCCAUGAUAAAACAGAUCAAAAUCUGGUUCCAGAAUCGCAGAAUCAAAUGGAGGAAGGAGAACAAGCGGCAUUUCCCGGAUUUCCUCGCCGGCUCUUUCACAGUGGCAUGCGAAACUCGAUCAGAUGAAAAAGGAUCCUGGAUUGACAAAGUUUAGGGAUAAGGGGACCCAUUCAUCUCGGAGUCUCAGAAGCAAAGACUACAGUAUAAAUGUUAAAACAAACAGUGACUUAUGAUGAAGCAGUGAUGAAAAAAGGAGCUAUAGACACUUUUAAAACUAGUUAACUUCCAGCAAAGGAAUGAUAUAGGAACAGAGCCAGGGUCUACCUUAGCUGCUUAACUUAGAUGAUUAGAACAUUUUAAACGUACCAUCGUUGGUUAAAUCAGGUGCACUUGCUGUUAGUUAAGACUGGCAUUAAUUUUAUCAACGCGAACAUUACAUAUUUUCAUAUCUUCA